GGGGACCGUCGCUCAAGAGGAGCCACCGGACCUUGUCAUGUGACCCAGGCUCCAGCUUCGCCUAGGGAUGGAGCCGGAAGAGGGGACGCCCUUGUGGCGGCUGCAGAAGCUCCCAGCCGAGUUAGGCCUGCAGCUUCUUCACAAAACGAUCGAUGGCAUUUGUGGCCGAACUUAUCCUCUCUACCAAGAUUAUCAGAGUGUUUGGGAUUCAACGGAAUGGACACAUGUUCUAGAAGAUAUUACAAGGUUUUUCAAAGCCGUAGUUGGUAAAAAUUUAUCUGAUGAAGAGAUAUCUCAGCAAUUGAAUCGGUUGAAUUCAUUUCAUCAAGAAGCUAUCAUGAAAUGCUUGAAAAGUAGGAAAGAUGAAAUCAAGAAGGUUCUGUUAGAAGAAAUAGUUGAUAUUUCCUCUGCACAGCUACAGGAUUUUGAUUGGCAAUUAAAGGUGAGAAUCUACUUAUUUAUGAUUAUGUAUGUUUUUAUUUCAGUUUUUGAAUAGAAAGAACUAUUUAUUUUUUAUA